AUGGAUUGUUACUUAGUUCCCCCUGGUUACUCAGAACAGCCCUUCAUCCCAUCUUCAGCCCAUCCGGCAGCCCUUCAACCCAUCCGGCAGCCCUUCAACCCAUCCGGCAGCCCUUCAACCCAUCAUUGCAACCUUAACCCAAACGGCAGCUCUUGCAUCAUCCGACAGCGCUUCAACCCGUCAGCAGCCGCUAGCCCAUCCUGCAGCCCUUCAACCCAUCUGCAGCCCUCAACCCAUACGGCAACUCUUCAACCCAACCGGCAGCCUUCAACCCAUCCGGCAGCCCUUCAACCCAUCCUGCAGCCCUCACCAUCCUGCAGCCCUUCAACCCAUCAAGAAGCCCUUCAACCAUCCUGCAGCCCUUCAACCCAUCUGCAGCCCUUCAACCCAUCAGCCCUUCAACCCAUACUGCAGCCCUUCAACCCAUCCUGCAGCCCUUCAACCCAUCAAAGCCCUUCAACCCAUCCUGCGCCCGUCAACCCAUGCAGCCCUUCAACCCAUCAAGCCCUUCAGCCAUCCUGCAGCCCUUCAACCCAUCGAAGCCCUUCAACCCAUCCGGCAGCCUCUCUACCCUACUGCAGCCCUUCAACGCAACAAAGCCCUUCAACCCAUCCAGCCGCGCCCUUCAGCCAUCAAGAAGCCCUUCAACCCAUCCUGCAGCCCUUCAACCCAUCCGGCAGCCCUUCAACCCAGCCGGCAGCCCUUCAACCCAUCCUGCGGCCCUUCAACCCAUCAAAGCCCUUCAACCCAUCCAGCAGCCUUCAACCCAUCCGGCAGCCCGUCAACCCCCUGCAGCCUUCAACCCAUCGAAGCCUCACCAUCCGGCAGCCCUUCAACCUCCUGCAGCCCUUCAACCCAUCCGGCAGCCUUCAACUCAUCCUGCAGCCCUUCAACCCAUCAGAAGCACUUCAACCCAUCCGGCAGCCCACCAUCCUGCAGCCCUUCAACCCAUCCUGGCGGCCUUCAGCCCAUCCGGCAGCCCUUCUACCCACCGGCUCUUCAACCCAUCAAGCCUUCAACCCAUCCAGCAGCCCUUCAACCCAUCCGGCAGCCCUCAACUCUAACCCAUCAAGCCCUUCAACCAUCGCAGCCUUCAACCCAUCAAGCUCUUCAACCCAUCCGAAGCCCUUCAACCCAUCCUGCAGCCCUUCACCCAACAAGUUCAACCAUCCUGCAGCCUUCAACCCAUCAGAAGCUCUUCAACCCAUCCUGCAGCCUUCAACCCAUCCUGCAGCCCUUCACCCAUCCUGCAGCCCUUCAACCCAUCCUGCGCCCUUCACCAUCAAGAAGCCCUUCAACCCAUCCGGCGCCCGUCACCAACAAGCAACACUUCAACCCAUCCGGCAGCCCUUCAACCCAACAAGCAACACUUCAACCCAUCCGGCAGCAACCAUCCGGCAGCCCUUCAACCCAUCUGCAGCCCUUCAACCCAUCAAGCCCUUCAGCAUGCAGCCCUUCAACCCAUCAGAAGCAUUCAACCCAUCCGGCAGCCCUUCAACCCACCAAGCGGCUCUUCAACCCAUCCGGCAGCCCAUCAACCCAUCCAGCAAUUCUUCAAUCCAUCAGCCCUUUAACCCAUCGGCAGUUCUUCAAUCCGUUCGGAAGUUCUUCAACCAUCAGGCAGCCCUUCAAUCCAUCUGGCGGCCUUUCAACCAUCAACAACCUCCAACCCACCCGGCAGUCUCAAUCCAUCCGGCAGUUCUUCAACCCAUCCGGCAGCCCUUCAACCCAUCCGGCAGCCUUCAACCCAUUCAGCAGCCCUUCAACCCAUCAA